GAUGCUAUUUACGGCAUUUACUCCUCCUCCUUCUCUUUCUUUGCGACUCUUGCACUCAAUCUCUCUACAGGGGUUUUGUGCUCCAAAACCCAACCCCAAAUUAACGAUGGGCAGGAAACCCAAAUCACGAUCCGCCAAGAAAUCGGCCAAGUACCCGCACUUCAAGCCCGGGUCCCCCGUGGAGAUCAGCUCCAACGAGGAGGGGUUUCGGGGGUCAUGGUUCACGGGCACCGUCAUUGGCCUCGCGUCUCCUGGAGACCCUUCCAGACUGCAUGUGGAGUACACCAGCCUUUUCGUGGAUGAAGAGGGCACCGCGCCUCUGAGGGAGAUUGUGGAUACAGUGAUGCUAAGGCCCGUGCAGCCACCGGAGAAGGAGCGCGAGUUCAAGUUCGACGAGGAAGUUGACGCUUUCCAUUCGGACGGGUGGUGGGAGGGCGUGAUAACGAAGGAGGAAGGGGAGGGGAGGUUUACGGUGUAUUUCAGGAGAUCGAAGGAGGAGAUGGAGUUUGGGAAGGAGCAGUUGAGGCUUCAUAGAGAGUGGGCAAAUGGGGCUUGGAAACCACCAUUUGAGGAGGAGAACGUGAAGCCGAAUCAGGAGAAGGUGGAGAAUUUGCCACUUGUAGAGGAAGUAAAACCUAGUGAAUCAGCAACAGAGCAUGUGUAUAGGCUGGGAACACAAGUUGAAGUAAGCAGUGACGAAAAAGGUUUUGAAGGUGUUUGGUUUGCUGCAACUGUUGUUGAACCAUGGGGGAAGGACAAGUUCCGUAUCGAGUACCAGACUUUGAAAACAGAAGACGAUAAAACCUUUCUAAGAGAAGAGGUUGACAUUCUGCACAUUAGGCCUUCUCCACCAGAAAUUUUAAUGGUCGAUGGUUUCAAGUUGUUCGAUGAGGUUGAUGCUCUCUACAAUGAUGGUUGGUGGGUAGGUGUGAUUGCUAGAGCUCAACGCAACUCAAAACACAUUGUUUACUUCAAGACCACUAGUGAGGAGAUAGAGUUUCGAGACUCUGAGUUAAGGCUACACCAGGACUGGAUUGAUGGCAAAUGGGUUAUGGCAUCCAGGGCUUUGGAGUUAUGACCUUGCUGGACAAAGCAAGAGAUUUUUGCCAUGACUGUGUACAGUGUUGUUGCAUUGAUGAGUAGCUGUUAAUUACAUUCCAUCCGAUCUGGAGCAUUUGGUAGUAAGAGUAUGUAAAUAAACGUCUAAAAUACUAGUGGCUGUUUUGGUCUCUGGAGCAGUUUGGACUCUCAUCAAAACAUCUGACUUUUUUAUCAGUUUGUGACAUGAAUCGACUCAAGGGUUCACCUUGAAUAGGUAUGUAUGCUUCAGAAAUAUAACCUGCAACCUUGAUCCUUUGGUUUCCUUUUUGUGCCA